CAAUCAUGCUGUUGGAGGCCAGAAGAGGCCGGACCUAAGGUGGCGGCUCUCGGGGUGCCCGGAAGAGCCCCCAUGUCGGUGAACGGAGCGGUAUGGGGGCGCGUGCGAAGCCGCCUCCGCGUCUUCCCUGAGGGCCUGGCUGCCUGUGCGGCCGAGGCCGCGGCCUACGGCCGGUGCGUGCAGGCGUCCACGGCCCCUGGCGGCCGCCUGAGGAAGGACUGCUGCGCGCGGGAGUUCGAGGCCCUGCGGAGCUGCUUCGCCGCCGCGGCCAAGAGGACUCUGAAGGGAGGCUUUUAGGACCAAGUGCUGCCUGCCACCUGUUUCCUGCUGAGGGCGUGAAGCCGGGCACCUGGCACUGACGUCCCCUGGGCACACAGCUACAGUAUCCCAAGUUCUUGGAGCUACAAGGACCGGAGCCCUGUCAGGGCGAGCCGUGGCGGUGAGGGGGUUGGUUUCCAACAUUAUGGACACAAAUAAAGCACAAUGCGGUAAAUAAAGACCAUGCACACA